AUGGCGGAGACGGUGUCCAUUACGAUCUGUGGCGAUGGUGGAUGCGGAAAGUCAUCUAUCACGCUGCGAUUGGUGCGCAGCCAAUGGACGCAUGAAGGAUUCAUAUUCCGUCACCCGGACUGUUGACGGUGUGCCAUAUUUUCUUGCCUUAACCGAUACGGCUGGCCAAGAGGAAUAUCGUGGUCUCUGGGCUUCCUCAAAUCUUAAGUCCGAUGCAUUCCUCCUCGUCUACGAUAUCACAAACGCGCCUACAUUGGAGGCUUUAGACUACUUCAUGGACAUGAUUGACAUUGAGGCAGAGCAACGAUUGGAAACUAAUGCGCGAUUGAUGAAAGAAAUGGGCCACUUGCGUCAUCCAGGAGAGCUGGUUGCUGUUGGCAUGGCUCCACCGGUGAGGAUCAUGGCUGGAAACAAAUGCGACCUGAAAGACGCAAGGGUGGUGAGCGCAAGACAGGGAUUGGAAUAUGCUAGGAGAAGAGGUUGUGGCUUUAUGGAAACAAGCGCAAGGGAAAUGGUAAAUAUCGAGGAGACAUUUGCUUUAAUCGUUCGUCGCGUCAUCGAAGCGCGGCGUCGCCAUCAUCUCCAACAAUUUCCCGUUCGACCACGAACACCUGGUCAUUCCUCUCUUGCAGCUCAUUCUCUACCCCAGAGCUUAUUUUCUCCUGACCUUAUUUUAUCAUCGCAGACCGAUUCGCACUCAAGGACUCCAGCCCUCACAGCUAAAGAGAGGGAAAUUACGGACAAUAACAAUAAUGAAACAACUGAAAGCUCCUUGCAGAAACCAAACCAGUGGCAGGGCCUGGGGAGCGCAAUCUCCAAACGUAUCCGGAGCAUGAAGUCCCGGGAUACCGUGGACCAAAGCCACAAGUCACCACCAUCCACUGACCACCGCGAAAAGAGUAUAUCUGAAGCGGCAAAUCCUGAUCCAAACGACCCCCCGCAGCCUAGGGAGGAAGGAGAUGAUGGCGUCGUAGUAAUGAAAACCCAAGGCCAUAUGAACGACAGAUAUGAGCCUGGAGGGUCGAAGAAAAUUUGGUGGACGUGGCUUUUCUGCCGAAAUUAG